CUGAGCUGCCACGUAAUGUUGUGUGUCGCGUUGAUGAAGUAUAAUAUUUUCGAGGAUAAUAAACUACGAAUUAUUCUGUAAAAAGUGUAAUGUACAUUUCAUUGUGCAGUGUCGAAUAAAGUUUUUAUCAUAUAUUCUGUGUUAAUCUCGUCCAAAAGUAUCUAAGUCAGCUAUCAAAUCCAAUGAGUAUGCCACCAGAUUCUAUGAAUAAACGAUAUUCAGAAUCAUAUUCUGAUCAAAUGAAUCAUAUAAAUAAUCAAAUGAAUAUGAUGUCUACAACACAACUUGGUUAUAAUAAACUAUGGUAUCCAAGUCAACCAUCAAAUCCAAUGAGUAUGCCACCAGAUUCAGUGAAUAAACGUUAUACAGAAUCAUAUUCUGAUCAAAUAAAUCAUGUAAAUAAUCAAAUGAAUAUGAUGUCAGCACCACAAGUUGGGUGUAAUACAUUAUGGUAUCCAAAUCAGCCACCAAAUUCAAUGAAUAUGCCACCAGAUUCAUUGAAUAAACGAUAUCCAGAAUCAUAUCCUGAUCAAAUAAAUCAUUUAAAUAAUCAAAUGAAUAUGAUGUCUGUUACCCAACUUGGCUAUAAUAAAUUGUGGGGAAUGGAGACUAUUGAUCUUUUACAAUGUCGAAAUGUUCUACCUGUAGAAAAAGUAGAGUCACCAAAAAUUAAACUCCAUCAAGAGUUUUUAGACAGUGUGAAUUGUAGUCCAGAUAUUUUCCGCUGCACACUUACAAAGAUUCCUGUGUCAAAUUCUUUGCUACAGAAAUCUAGAUUGCCUCUAGGAGUUUUAAUACAUCCUUUCAAAGAUUUAAAUCAUUUACCAGUAAUACAAUGUAGUACAAUAGUUCGUUGUCAUGCUUGCAGAACAUAUAUUAAUCCGUUUGUAUAUUUCAAUGAUUCAAAAAGAUGGAAAUGUAAUCUUUGUUAUAGAAUUAAUAAUAUUUUUAUAGUACCAGAAGAAUUUCAAUUUGAUCCUGUAACAAAAUCAUAUGGAGAUCCAUCAAGAAGACCAGAAGUAAAAACUAGUACAAUUGAAUUUAUUGCAUCUAGUGAAUAUAUGCUACGUCCACCACAGCCAGCUGUGUAUUUGUUUGUUUUGGACGUUUCGAGAUUAGCAGUAGAGAGUGGUUACUUGAACACAGUCUGCAACGUAAUUUCAGAAGAAUUAUUAAGACUGCCAGGUGAUAGUAGAACACAAAUAGGAUUUUUAGCAGUAGAUUCUGCUAUACACUUCUUUGGCAUACCUGACAAUGUAUCACAACCUCAGGAAAUGAUUAUGCUUGAUAUCGAUGAUGUAUUUCUUCCAUGCCCGGAGAAUUUAAUUGUCAAUUUAAAAGAACGAGAAGAAUUAGUAAAAGAUUUAUUAACUCAGUUACCCAUAAAAUUUCAAGGAACUCAUGACACAAAUAGUGCAUUGGGUGCAGCCCUGCAAGCUGCAUAUAAACUUAUGUCACCAACUGGUGGACGUGUAACCGUCUUCCAAACUUGCUUACCAAAUCUAGGACCAGGUUUAUUGCAAGCAAGAGAAGAUCCAAAUAAUAGAGCAAAUAAAGAUGUACCACAUUUAAAUCCAGUAACAGAUUUUUACAAAAGAUUAGCACUAGAUUGCAGUGGACAACAAAUUGCAGUCGAUUUAUUUUUGUUAAACUGUCAAUAUUGUGAUCUAUCUACUAUUUCGGGUAUGUGUAAAUUUUCUGGAGGUUGCAUAUAUCAUCUUCCAUUAUUCCGCGCUUCGAAACCACAGCAUGUGGAGACACUCGAUAGAAUAUUGAGGCGUUAUCUUACUAGAAAAAUUGGUUUCGAAGCAGUAAUGAGAAUACGAUGCACACGAGGAUUGAGCAUUCAUACUUUUCACGGAAAUUUCUUCGUGCGAUCCACUGAUCUUCUUAGUUUGCCUAAUGUUAAUCCAGAUGCUGGUUUUGGAAUGCAAAUCUCUAUAGAAGAGAAUCUUUCAGAUGUACAAAAUGUUUGUUUUCAGGCAGCUUUACUUUAUACAUCAAGUAAAGGUGAAAGAAGAAUUAGAGUACACACAUUGUGCCUACCAGUAGUAUCUACUUUGUCUGAUGUUCUUCAUUCUGCUGAUCAACAAUGCAUAGUAGGCCUACUUUCUAAAAUGGCUGUAGAUAGAUCUCAGCAAUCCUCUAUAUCUGAUGCAAGAGAUGCUCUAAUAAAUGUGGCCAUAGAUGUUUUAUCAGCCUAUAAAUUGUCUCAAUCAGCUGCCUCUGGUGGACUUCUUGCUCCAGCAAGUUUAAAGCUAUUACCCCUUUACAUUAUUGCUCUACUUAAAUGUGUAAGUAUUAAUUAAAAAACCAAUUUUCAUGUC